AUUGACAUCGUUACGAUAGAAAUCAAAUUUCAGGAUUAAAUCGUACAUAAUGUGAGAUUAUCAGUUUUCCUACAUUUUCCUCAUACUUAUAAUCGAAAACUGGAACUUAUAGCAAUGGACGAACUUCUGAAGACUAUUAAACAGAGAUUUUCAAUGGAAAAUCUAAUAGAAACUAUCCGAGAUGAGUUAGAUGACACCAAGAAGCCAGAAACUGUACAGCCAAAUUCUGUACAGCCAAAUUCUGUACAGCCAAAUCCUAUACAGCCAAAUCCUGUACAGCCAAAUCCUGUGGUAAAUGCGCAAGAAGUAAUGGCUAAAACCGUGGAAAAUAAGACAGAAAUGGCUGAGGAACCAACCGUACUCGAUACUAUGAAGUCGUCCAAUAUCCAGAAGAAACAGCCCUCAACAAACACAGCAAACGUUUUGCAAAAACCGAACCCUCCAGAUGAAGACAAUGAUCCGUACCAGGAAAAUGAAAACCUUUUCAGCUUUUGUGAUUAAACUUUAGAAAUCUUAUUGCAUUAAAAAAAUAUUUAUCCCCUCAAAUGUCUUUCAGAAACUAUUGCGUGAAUUUUGUAUAUUACUCCAGCGAUGAGUGGCAUUUUUAUAAAUGAGCUAUCUAACAUAGAAUUGAAAUCGCUCCAAAAGUCACUGAAUAUAAGCGAAAAUAAACAAGAAAACCUUAUGUAGAAUAACUCAAUCAGUAUUAUUGUACUAUCUAACUUAAGCGCUUUUGCCUCUUAACAUAUUGACGGCAGAGACAAAUUAAUAAUUUAGUUAGCAGAAUUAGACAUUUUAAAUAAUGGAAGUUUUGUAUUGAUGUACAUAAUUUGACUUUAAAACAUUUGGAUACUUCAAGCAAGUAUAGGGAAAAUGUAUGUAGUUUAUCGAGAGAGAAUAUUAUUUAUUGCAAAGGAAACUGUCUCCUGCUGAGUCGUUAAUUGGUAACAUAAUCCCAUUGUACCCAGCAUCCCUGCGCUAAUGGUUUAUGUAAAACAUCCCUCUUGUCGAAGACGUGCACUUUAAAUAUGAGCCUCUCAAUUUUGCUUCGCCUGCAUUGCAAAUAAUUGAACAAUAAAUUAUUAAAGCAGUCUUAAUCCAGUGGCGUUAUUGAACCCGCCUUUAUCGAUUUAUUUUUUCAAAUAUACCGUCUAUCAAUAUGAAUUGAUGACAUGCGUCAAUACAGCUGAACACCGAAUUGCCUGUAAGAAAAUAUUCAAUUGGUUGUGAGACCUGAUAAACCUUUGUGAAAUCCUCAUGGUAGUGAUUUAUAAUAAAUUCUAUGCCUUUUACGAAAUGAA